AUGACGUCUGGACUGGAUAAGGAGAAUGCGAUAGCAGAUACCGGCGCAGUGCCACCCUUCGUUGCCGGCGCCAAAACAGCGCCCAAGGACAAGAAGUCUCGAAGCAAAAGUUUAGGUCCUGGUGGUUUGGAUGCUCUACAGCAUUCAAAUGGUAACCGUCGCCAGUCAACAGCCUCUUUCCCUCUGAAAUCAAUCCUCAAGCCUACAGUCCCAGUAUCUCCAGUGCGCAAAAUCCCGACUUUUGAAGAGACUCGUCGCCGUACCCCAGCUCGCGAUGCAUCAAGCCAAAAAGGCAACACUGGUACCCAAAACCAGGAAGGGCUUCUUAUCGAUUUCGCGACCCCACCUCAGCCUGCUGCCUCAACUUCUGAUGAUACCACCAAUCCAUUCGACACGUUCAAUGCCACCUCAGCCAUUCGCGAUGAAAUGGCUGCCACCAAAGAACGCGAUGAUAAGGAACGUAAGGAACGCGAACGCCAGACAAUUCUAGAGAAGCGAGAGGCACGACGGAAAUCUAUGGCAAAUCGGCGCGUUUCCUUUGCCCCGGAGGCUACACUGCACACUUGGAAUGUUGUCGAGAUCCCCGAUGAUUCAACUUCCUCGUCAGCUGCCAACUCGACCAGACGUGCCUCUUCUACCCCAAAUACCCAGCAACCACAGCAAUCUCCGCAGAAAGAAGGCUCUUCCUCCCCCGAGAGAGAUGCUGAAUCCGAUUUUGGAUUUUCGCCAGUUCGCCGGGAGGAUCUCGAACAAAUGAGAGGCCAAUCUGCAUCUUCUGGGGAAGCCGAGGGCCCGACUGAUAUGUCCUCUAGUCCUUUCAGUGGAAGCUCUGUUUCUGGAAGUGAAGACACAGGCGCGCAGAGUUUAGUUGAAGAGGAUGCGCAUUCAUCAGAAUCCGAAGAUGGCUUCGAUGCUGAAAGCACUGCUAUGAGCAUAGAUGAUAUGACAGCACGCUCUGCUGCAACUAUGCGAUCAGAUGAAACUUCUAGCUCCAGUUCUAGUGCCAAGCUCAACGAGGCUUUGCGCCUCGCCGCGAAAGAAGCUGGCACCGAGGCCAUCGACGAUGAAAACGGAGAAAUGACAAUGGAGAUUGCCGACGAAGAAAUUACAGGCGCUUUUCAACCGUGGAUCAAGAAAGGCCAGAGCUUCGACUGGGAUGAUAUCAGUGCACGCCUUGAUCAAGAAAACGUGAAUCCAUUAAAGGAUGCAUCAGCAGAAGUUGAAGCACAUUCGGAGAUGGGCGAUGAAGAUGAAGAGCUUAGUAUGGAUGUGACCAAUGCUAUUGGGCGUAUUUUAGGCAAUGGACGUCGGAAGAGUGCUGUUCCUAGGAAGUCUUUAGGCCAGGAAACAAGCUAUGAUGAUCAAACGAUGGAAAUGACUACUAUGGUUGGAGGUAUUGCCGAAGGUCACUCCGCUCAACCCGAAAACGAAAUGGAAGACGAUGACAAUGAGGACGAGGAAAUGACCAUGGAGUUCACUGCGGCUGUUGGAGGACUCUUGAAUAGAGGAUCUCAUCAAACUGCACAUACCGUUGAACAGCCGGCCGCAUCAAGUCCAAAAUCGGAUCGUAUGGAUUUUGAACAAGACAAUGACUCCGAUGAAGGCAUGGAUAUGGAGAUGACGGGCGCCGUUGGUGGCAUUCUGCCAUCUGCUUUCCAAGUCCAGGACAAGGGCCAAGCCAAAGCACUAAUGGAGCUUGAGUCUGACUCUGGACAGCUUGGGAGCUCAUCUUUCCAAAACAACGUUCGAAAGUCUCCUGCUAAGUCUCCCGCCAAAUCUCCCCUCACCCACGUUGCUGCUGUAGCAUCCGAGAAUGGAAGCCCUAGUCUUGCAAGCGUUCGUUCCCGACCAUCGCGCCGGAGUUCUAUCGCCACCUCAAGCACGCCUGGAACCCCAAGGUCUGCAAUUAAAAGCAAUUCUCCAUCUAAAAAGCCAUCAACCCCCUCGAAGCAGUUAACGCCUCAACAAAAACCCACCACCCCCACCAAAACUCCCCCGUCUGCCAAUGUGAGCUUUAGGAGUGCCUCUCCGAAAAAGCUGUUUCAGCCCGAACUCAGACAUUCUGCGGAUAGAAGGCAUUCUUUGCGGCGAAGCAUUUUUGAACAAAAUGCGGCCACGGGACAAUCGACGCCUCGCAUUGUUUUGCAGCCUCGCGAAGCCCGUCGCUCCUCUGGACUUGGAAUUGACAAGGAAGGCCUUGGGUCUCCUCGUGUAGCUGAGAUUUUGGACAGACGUCCGUCUCUUGGAGACAGCACGCCACAGUUCGUACCGCAGGAACAUAAACGUGGCGGGGUGCGUUUCGAGGACCCCCUUAAGAUGCAGGAAGAUGAAGAUCGGGACCGCGAAGAAGAGGAGCUGAGGGAAGAUGGUCAUACCCCUCCUCAAGUUCCAAAUGGUGAUGUGACCUCGAACCUCAGGGAUAUGAUUUCAAAACUCAGUCCAAAGAAGAACAAAAUCGGCAGCCGAAAAAGUCUUCACGUCGGUGCAGCUCGAGGCAUUUUAGGCAAACGCCCCCUUGAGCUUGACCUGGAUGAAGAUUCAGAAAACUCCCCUGACCCCAAGAGGCUUCGUGGGAGGGAUGUCAGCCCGGUCAAAGGUGUGAAGUUGCCAGCACCGACAAUGAAUGAGAAUAAAAGCCGCCGAUCAAUUCGAUCUCCCCUCCGCAGAGCUCAUAGUUCUUCACCAUUCAAAGGAUCGCCGCUUAAAGGAAGCACUACUCCUACUCAAGAGCCCCGCGGAGCCCCGAAAACGGGCGCGACACCGCUUAAAGAGGGAAUUGAUGCCUUGCACAUUGCUUCCGAUCCUCAACAGCCUGAUCCAAAUGACGAGGAUGCUUCAGGCCAGGACGAGGCAGCCUCUGAUUUUGAAUCUAUUCAGCUUCAAGACUUUUUAAAUAUGACCAACAUCCAUUUCAUGGAACUCACAACGACAAAGAGGAGGCAUACCACUGCGCCCGGAAGUGCUAAGAAACGGUUGUCCAGACCUUCGAGUGAGAAUGUGGCGAAGGCAGGAACGAUCACGUUCGACGAUUGCGUAGCUGCUGGAUUCUGCACGGUUCCUAUGCUUGAGCUAUAUCAACACUCAUGUCGUGAAUUGAAGUCUUACAUUUCUGAAGGUCGACAAGUGAUCCGAUCUAUUGAAGCAGAGACUUACACCGACAAUCCACCUCUCUUCCGCGAAUAUGUCACAGCCCCGCCAGAUAUUCGUGUGAUUAUGGAUAACCAGUUCCGUAAUGUGAAGACGCAUGCGCGAUUUCUCAGUAAAGCUACAUGGUAUGAAUGGCGCAUGAAGCUCUUAGAAGGCCUGAUGCAAGGUCUUCAUCGCCAUGUAGAUGAUAUGAAGGCCGAUGAUGAGUUGCUUUCUAAGCGCGAGGAACUCCUGGGCACUCAUGUGCCUCCCCUGGUAGAAAAGCACGCAACACUCGAAGGUGUAGCAACAAAUCUACAGCAAUCAGUGGAGGAGAUGGAGAAUUGCGAUCAAGAUGAGCUGCGAGAAAUACGCCAAAAACUGUCCAACAUUGAGGAUGAAAUAGAGGCCAAGAAGCGCGAGCUUCAACAACUACAGGGAGAGACCGAGGAGAAGACCAACAUAAUAGAAGCUGGUACGGAGAUUCGCGAAGAAUAUAUGGCUCAGAUCCAGGAAGCCGAGAAGGUCAAAGAAGAAUGCCGAGGUUGGAGUGCUCGUGAUAUCAGGGAGCUUAAAGCAUCCGUCCACAAGAUCGAGCGACAGACAGGAUGGUCUAUCACCUCUGCAUCCCCUGGAACAGACUCUUCCAGUGUCCCCAUGUUGACCAUGUCAUACCGAGGACAACUACAAAUCAAAUUCCACCCAGGCGCAUUCGCUACAAACAACUCCAAUGCCGCCGACAAGACCAAUCUUCCACUCGAGCUGACUUUCACCAGCAAGAAAGCGGCUUCUGCAAUCGCUUCUCUGGUAUUGCAGUCCAUGCAACAAUAUCUCCCUACUAUCCAGCAAUCUAAGAUUGCUUCCAAACAACUCCUCCACUUCAUCUCUACUGCAUGGGACCGCACUCUUGGUCUCGAAAAUGAAGCUCGCAUGCUCGAAUUCUGCGGUGUCACUCGCCUGACCCUUUCAGAUCCCAAGAACAACAUCUCCCUACGGGCACGCUGUACCCUCCUCGGCAAUGGUAUUCCAUCAACAUCAACGCCGAGCCGCAAAGGCGCCGCGACCCAAAACAAAGGCGCCAAGCGUAUAGAUGUCGACUUUACCGUCCGCACAUGUAUUAAUACAAACAAGGAUGCCACUGAGGGAAUUGGUGGUAUGGACUUCAACAUUGACGUCCUUGCGACGAAGGUUUAUGGCUUCGGUUCUGGAAAUAAGUCCGGUCUUCCAGACAAGGAUAUGCAAAGCAUACUUGGCAAGGGACUUGAUGAUGCAGAGGCUGGUGCUCUUGGGAAUGGUGUUUGGUGUAAGGCGGUUCAACAACUUACCGGGUCUGUGUUUUAG